CCGUCAGCAGAUCUGCUAGUAUGCUUCCCCUCGCGGGCGCACCUGACGUUGAUGCAGAAGUCCAUCUGCAGCCCGGCGAGGCCGCCUUCGGAGACGAGCAAGUCCCACCGCCGCCGUCACCAGAGCCAACAACUCAAGAGGCCGAGCACGAGGCUCGGCCAAGCGAGCCCUCUGUUAUGGGCCAAGAACAAGCAGAUGGGGCCCGAGAUCGAGGAGCCGACGUCGCCGAAGGUGACCUGCGCCGGGCAGAUCAAGGUCCGGCCCAAGGCCGCCGCGGCCACGGCGUGCAAGAGCUGGCAGUCCGUGAUGGAAGAGAUUGAGAGGAUUCACAACAGCAGGAACAAGGUACACAAGAAGAGGCCGGGGUGGAUGGAGUCUCUAGGGCUCAAGAAAGAGAUCAUGCAGUUCUUGACGUGCCUGAGGAGCAUGAGGUUCGACCUCAGGUGCUUUGGCACUUUCCCUGAAUCGGAGGCCACCAGUGAUGAUGAGGUCGGGGUGGACAAUUAUGAGUACUGCCACAACAACCACUCGGGUGCGGAAGGAAUUGAUGGGAAAGAGACUUCGAGGACAAUAUUCUCCAAGUGGUUCAUGGUGCUGCAGGAAAAUCAGAGCAGUGUGUUUAAAGAAGAGAGGAGAGAAAAGGAACGGUCUUUGGUCGAUGAUGCCCCGCCUAUUGCUCCUCCACCAAACGCUCUGCUGCUCAUGAGGUGUAGAUCUGCUCCUGCAAAAGGCUGGUUACAAGGGAAAGGAGAAGAAGAUCAUGAUGAGGGAGAGGAAAAGGAGGGUAAAGAAGGAGAAAAGGGGAGGGGAGAGAGGCUGAAGAAACUGAGGAUAUUGAUGGAAGAAGAGAAGAGAGAGCAAGAAGAGCAGAGGGAGAAGGCAGAAAAGCUGGCGGUGAUGAGAUAUGGCGCUGAUGUCCACGAAGCUUCAUCUGACAUCGCAAGAGAAAGAUGGGCUAGUGGUGGUGGGGCGAGAGAUAUGCUGUCGAGGAGCAUGAGUUGGAAGAGGUGAGAGGGUAUGAGAAUAAUAAGAGCGGCACACUUUCUGCCUAGUGGCUCUGUUUUCUGCAAUUUUACUUUGUCACAGCUACACUUUUUUUUUUCCUUGAGCCUUCUUACCCUGUAAAAUAUACUUUCUGAUGCUGUCAAGUUUUCCAAUAAUCAGUUCUUUCCAGUGAUCCAUUCUCUUGGUUGGGGAUAGAGUAUUGGGGAAAUGCAAGCUCUGUUUUAGUUC